UUGCCCCCAACUACGAUUUUCACGCGAAGACGAAGCCAGAUUAUACCCAUGGCCUGAUCAUUCGAGACACGUCUUGUUCGGACAACCACAGCAUGGCCCCCGCAAAUCACACCAGUCGCUACCGGGAUACGGUCCUGUCGCGGGACGAUGUCGAAGCUUUGAUCGCCGCAGGACGAAAGGUUGUCAUAGUGGAUGGAGCGGUAUUGAAAGUCGACGCAUGGAUCCCAUACCAUCCCGGUGGCGACAAGGCCAUGCUGCAUAUGGUUGGAAGGGAUGCUACGAACGAAGUCAAGGCAUUCCAUUCGCAAGAGUCGCAGGAGGUGAUGCAAAGGUACUGCAUUGGCAAGGUCGACGGAUACUGGGCAGACUUCGUACCUCCGAUACAAGGUGGCAAGUUCAGAACGGAGGAAGAACAGCGUGCUGCUUGUUCGAAGGACGAGCAUGAGGGGAGAAGUCAUGCAGAAGACUCGUCGGCCAGCUCGUCGGAGGGCUCCCCUGUAUUUGAACCUUCAGAGCGCAGGAAUCCCGCCCUUCGCAGACGGAGAGGUAGCUCUGCAGGAGCCAGCGAGUCUUCAGCAACUUCUCUCGAAACAUUGGCCAUCGGUGAGCCAGCCUCGCAAAAAUCAAAGGCAUAUCCUGCAGACGAGAGAACACAGCAAGAGAUAGACCAUGAUCUGGAUUUGUACCCUGACUUGGAUCAAGAGACCCAAACGACGAUCAUCCGCAAGUACAAAGAGUUGGACGAGAAACUGCGGGCCGAAGGUCUCUACGACUGCAACUACGCCGCUUACGCGGUUGAAGUCACACGCUACACGUUACUGGGCUUCCUCGCGUACUACUUCCUGCAAAAGGAAUGGUACAUUCUAUCGGCCACCUUUUUGGGCAUGAUGUGGCAUCAGUUGGUAUUCACUGUCCAUGAUGCCGGCCACAUGGGCAUUACUCACCACUUCCAUGUGGACAGCACGAUUGGCAUUCUGAUUGCAGAUUUUCUGGGAGGGUUAUCUUGCUGCUGGUGGAAACGAAAUCAUAAUGUGCAUCACAUUGUGACCAACUCGGCCGAGCAUGAUCCGGACAUUCAGCACAUGCCAUUCUUCGCCAUCAGCCACAGAUUCUUCCAGAGCCUGAAAUCGACAUACUACGAUCGUGUCAUGACGUACGAUGCUGCGGCGCAGUUUGUGCUGAAGUACCAGCACUAUCUCUACUAUCCGAUCCUCACCUUCGGACGCUUCAACUUGUACGUCCUGAGCUGGCAAUAUAUCUUCCUCGGACAAGGACCACGGAAAGGUCCAGCGUGGUGGCAUCGUUAUCUGGAAAUGGCUGGCCAGGUCUUCUUCUGGUACUGGUUCGGCUACUUGACGGUCUACAAAUCGAUUGACACGAACUGGCAUCGUUUCCUCUACGUGUUGGUCAGCCACGCUGUCACAAUGAUGGUGCACGUCCAGAUCACUCUCUCACAUUUCGCCAUGAGUACAGCAGAUCUGGGCGUCGCGGAGUCAUUCCCUCAACGCAUGUUGCGCACUACUAUGGACGUCGACUGCCCAGAGUGGCUUGACUUCUUCCAUGGUGGUCUGCAAUUUCAGGCUGUGCAUCACCUCUAUCCACGAAUGCCAAGACACAAUUUGCGGAAGGCUCAGAAGCUGGUCAUGCAGUAUUGUGAUGAAGUCAAGAUUCCAUAUACUAUUUACGAAUUUGCUGAAGGCAACGGGAAAGUCAUCGGACGCCUGGGCGAGAUCGCACAACAAGCCCGCAUCAUGAGCGAGUGCCAGAAAGCUGCUUUCAAAGACGUUAUAGAGGGGCACUAAUCGUGGGGGUUUAACAUGCAUAGCGAAUUAUGAUAGAAAAUCUGCAGCAUAUUUGUGGCGACUGGGACUCCACCUUUUUCGCAGUUUCAGCAUACUCACAUAUGCAUCACUAUCGGUCGCGCAAAGACAUAUCACACAGCAAUAGUUUUCAACGGACCAACGACAACUCGAAUGAAGGCCUGUUGCAACAGGCCAGAUAUUAGCGGCUCGGCCUGGUCCUUUCCCUCGGGUAAGCCAAAAGCUGGCAUGC